GAUAACAAACUGCAUGGUAAAGGCACAGUAAAUUUCAACGAUGGUAGUGUUUAUGAAGGAGAAUUUAAAUAUGGGAAAAAAGAAGGAAAAGGGAAGUGGAGUGAUGGGAAUGGGAAUUCAUAUGAAGGAGAAUGGCUAGAUGAUAAAAGACAUGGUAAUGGUAUAUAUAAAACAAAAGAUGGAUUUAUUUUUGAUGGUUGUUUUAAAGAAAAUAAAAGACAUGGGAAAGCUACUAUAACUACACCAGAUGAAACAAAAUAUAUUUGUAAUUUUGAAAAUGAUCAAGAAAUAGGUGAUGUAGAAUUUUUCUUUGCUAACGGUGAUCAUGCAUAUGGUUCAAUUAAAGAUGGUACCCUAGAUAAUUAUGGUAGAUAUGAAUUUAGUAAUGGAGAUAUAUAUGUAGGAAAUUUUAAAAAUGGUUUAUUUCAUGGUAAAGGAUAUUAUAAAUGGAAUUAUGGAGAAGAUUAUAAAGUUUAUGAAGGUAAUUAUUUCAAAGGUAAAAGAAAUGGUACAGGACAAAUUAUUCAUUCAGAUGGUCGUAUAUUUUAUGGAGCAUUUAAAGAUGAUAAUAUGGAUGGAGAAAUUCUUGAAAUUAGUCCCCAAGGAAUACAAACAAAGCUUCUAUAUGAAAAUGGAAAAUAUAUAAGGAUCCUAGAUAAAAUUGAUGAGAUAUAUGAUAUAAAAGAAAUAAUAGAAGAAUCUUCCAUUAACACUUCUAUUUUUACUGACCCUUAUAUUUAUAAACAGAUGUAUGAAAUUGAGAAAAAGA